AUGUCAGAUUCGAUCGAACGCAUAAACUACUUGAAAGCAACGGUGCGGGACGCCGAUGCAGAUACCCGGAUCAAAAAAUGGCUGUUGAAACAUUAUCGUCAUAUUGUUCAAUCACAGGACUGUUGUCGUCGUGCAUUUCACCGUAAAGAAGUAUCUGUCAAUGGCCAGUUGGCUGAAGAAACUCGUAUUUUACGAGCAGGCGAUGUUGUUGAAGUACGCUAUGAUCGAGCGAUCGUCGAACGCGAGAAGAUGAAAGCCAUUCCUGUUGAUAUCCGAUAUCAGGAUGAACAUAUGGCAAUUGUUUGGAAAGCACCUGGAUUGAGUGGAUUGUUCGAGAAAGCAUUGAUUUAUGCGUUGACAAACACUACAGAACAAGAGAAAUUCUGGUGUCCAUAUUCUCUGCAAAAGGCUGCAUCAGGUUUGUUGGUAGUCGCCAAGACAGAAAAGGCCAAAGAAGAAUUAAGUCGGCAAUAUCAGAAUGGCGAAAUAGAUCUGACAAUGCGCGCAAUUUGUCAUGGUCGUGUGCCACCCGAUCUACUCGAUCACUUGGAGCAACCGCCUACAGAUCCCGUAAAGGAUGAAAAAGACGACGCUUCAAGCAUGAAGUCGUACUCAACAAUAACGAAUAAGCCUGAGAAUAACGACGAUGACGGCGACGAUGGUGAUGAUCAACACGAAGGAGUGAAAAUAGAGCGAUCACCCACGGACCUUCUCAAAUCAAUUUCAAUCGUCAACAUCACCCGAUCGAAUCACGCCGAAUACUUAUCGACUGUAGACUUGGCUAUUCGCACACCCCUUGCAAGCACACCAAUCCGACGCGUUCUUUACGGUCAGCAACACCCAAUCGUGGGCAAUUCAACCUAUACCCGGUUUUUGAAAUCGAGCAAGGACAAGGGCCUUUGCAUGAGCGUGAUUCACGUUGCACUUGUCCAUCCCAUCACCAAGCAACCAUUGUCAUGGCAAGCGCAAGAGCCGGACAAAUUCGAGCUGUUGCGGGCACGAGAACACAAGUUUUGGGGCCGACGGAUGGAUGAAAAACUAGAAGCCAUGCGUAAAGCAGGCGUGUCAAUGGACGGUACGGGUGGCGAUGAAUUCGUGGACGACAUGUAUCAAGAAGGAAACGGCAAGCCAUUGGCAUACAGACUGGGCGAAAAAGAAUUCUGUCAACUCAAGUUUAAGGUGACCGAAGCAUGUCUGGUUCCACGACCGAGUUCUGAAACACUUGUGCGAGCGACGGUUGAUUUACGGCCCAAACGUGUGUUGGAUAUUGGCACUGGAUGUGGCAAUUUGCUCUUGUCGAUAUUGCACAUGUUGCACGACGACACCGUGGCUGGCGUCGGGUUGGAUAUCAGUGCAGAUGCACUGCAGGUGGCCAGGGAGAAUGCAAGUCGAUUGGGACUUGCUGCGGAAUUUGUGGAAAAGGACAUGUCGCUCUUGCCAGAAGCUGGGUUGGGAUUGUUUGAUGUGGUCGUGUGUAACCCGCCGUAUCUCAGCGAAAAGGCAGUGUUCAAGCAUCGGAUGUUGGAACACGAGCCCGCCACUGCAUUGUUUGCCAAUGACGACGGGUAUGAAUGGUACACGGUGCUGAGUAAGGUGGUGCCCACACUCAUGCAUCGGCAGUCCAAGCUGGUGCUGGAGUGUGGCAAAGGCAUGAUGGAGCGAGUGCAAGUGAUCAUGGCGGGCUGGAAGACAGUAGAGGUGCGCAAGGAUUCACAAGGAUGGAGCCGCUGUCUUGUCCUUGAAAUGGAAUGA